AUGCGCCCACUGCUUCGGUUACCAUUGCUGGUUCCCAGAGCUCUGCCACGGCAUCUCCCUCGGUCGCGAUUGCUAUCAACAACAGCAUUUCGCAAUUGUUCGUGUUCUGACCCCAAACACGAAACUCCGAUACCUCCUACCGACCAUCGAGCUCUCGGAACCGCCCAAGAGCUCUUUACUUCCUCCGUCUACAGCCCCGGAUCUCCUCUCUUCCUACCAAAUGGCACCCACGUCGUCAACAAGCUCAUUUCUUUCCUCCGCACUCAAUACCUCCAAUACGGCUUCCGUGAAGUCCUGACGCCAAGCAUCUACAAACGAUCGCUCUGGGAAAUAUCAGGCCAUUGGCAGAACUACAAGGAUGACAUGUACGAGGUCACUGGCCGCGGAGCCAGCGGCGAAGUAGAGGGUGAAGUUGGCGAGGAUGAGUCCUACGGAUUGAAGCCGAUGAACUGUCCGGGUCACUGUCUGCUUUUCAAAUCGCAGAAGCACUCCUACCGUGAUAUGCCGGUGCGCUAUGCGGAUUUCAGCCCUCUUCACCGUAAUGAGGUGUCUGGAUCUUUGACUGGUCUCACGCGCGUGCGCCGUUUCCACCAAGAUGACGGGCACAUUUUCUGUCGCCCGCAGCAGAUCAAGGCGGAGAUUGCUUCGGCGUUGGGAUUCGUUGAUAUGGCUAUGAAGACUUUCGGACUCGGUCCGUACCGGUUGGUGCUGUCUACUCGGCCCGAGGCGGAUUAUAUUGGGACCUUGGAGAUGUGGGAUAAUGCCGAAACACAGUUGCGGGAGGCACUGGAUAGCACUGGACGUGAGUGGGCGUUGAAUGAGGGGGAUGGUGCUUUCUAUGGUCCCAAGAUCGAUAUCCAGCUCCAGGAUCAAGCUGGCAAGUUCCACCAAUUGUCUACUAUUCAAUUGGACAUGAACUUGCCGCAGCGAUUUGAGCUUGAGUAUCAAGUUGCAGAGAGUGAGCCCGACUACAAUCCAGCUACGCCCGGAGUCGCAACUCCGGUCAUGAUCCACCGUGCUAUUUUUGGCUCAUUGGAACGCUUUUUGGCGUUGUUGAUUGAGGAGCACGGUGGCCAUUGGCCAUUCUGGCUCUCUCCGCGCCAGGCUAUCAUCUUGACAGUCAACCAAGAUGAAAAGGUGAUGCUUCAGGCUAAGGAAGCGGUAGCCAAGUUCUCUGGAUUCCGCGCACUGUUGAACGAUGGCAGUGCCCAACCGCCGCGCCCACUGUCGUCUGUUGAUUCUACAUUCCUAGUCGAUAUUGAUACCAGCGCGCAGACUCUAGGAAAGAAGAUCCAGCGCGCCAAGCAGAUGAAGUAUAACCUCAUCUUCAUCCUGGGAGCGCGCGAUAUUGCCGAUGGUAGUAUCACCGUCGACGUUACUGGACAGAUGCAAAGCAAGACCGACAAGGAUAGCCAGCAGCUGCAAGCGCUGAUCAAAAUCAGACUGGGCGACAAUGCCCUGCACGACCCUCGAGCCGUUAAGCUCAAGGUGGAUGAAGUUCACCCGCUAUUGGUGGACUUGGAGAAGAACUUUGUAUAA